AUACAGCAGUGCAAGCCCUGGCCAGAAGUAACCCAAGAAAGUUACCUCAAUGAUGGCACCAAGACAAGCAGGGAUGAGGACAAGGUGGGUCCAUGGUCUCCCAUCAUCCACUUUUACCUCCUUCUUCACCUUCUGAUACAAAACAACAUUCUUCAACAGAGGAUAUGGCAGAGGCAGACAAAUUACACCAAGUAUACAUCUAUCUUUCCUCUUGCCUCCAGGCAAAAGCCGCACAUCACAUGGCUCGUCGCCGGUCGAGUCCCCACUAGCCACGUAAUCACAGGGAGGCCGCCAUCAGCCAUUGAGCUUUCGCCAGACGAUGUCGUCUGCUCAGGCACCACCGUGGCUACAUAUCUACUAGCAGCUUAUCAUUCCAACCAGAGCGCCAGCAGCUACUCUACGCCUGGUUCCCAUCCGGGCAUACACUUAAUUGCUGCAUCUUAUAACAUUCAACAGUCCAGCAUGGCUUCCUAUUACAGAGUGAGAUUCUAUAAGGAGAAUCUGGAGAAACCAAAAAGCACACCAGCAGCACAUGUGGAACAGUCCUGUGUGACAGAUGGCAGUGAUAUCAAUGGGCUUGGAUGCAUCCAGACGUCCAGUGUCAAUCAAUGUCUGAAGCUGAAGGAGGGAGAUGGGUGGAUAUUGACGUUUCAUGUGAUGGCCCUUGUAGUAAUUUUCAAUUUGGAACUGGAGAUAGAAAGACUUUUGGCCAUAGCUACGACCCAGAGGAGCUGGGAGGUUGCUCCGUUCUCCAUGACCUCCAUAACCCCCAUACUGACCCCUCCGCUUGAUCAUCUUUGGUGUUUCCUUCUUCACCUCUGGUCGGAGGUUGUUCAGGGAGACACGAGGUUCUUCACCAGCAGGAGGGAUGGAACUGGGCAUCUUCCAUGGACCAGAUGCUUUCCCAUCUCCAGUCUCAUCAGUUUCUUCAUUCCCUUCUCCAUCUCCAUCCCCUUCUUCACUGAUAUGCAGUUUUUGAAUCUUCAGCCCCGAAUAAUCCUUCUCAGUUUCUUCUUCAAAGUCCUUCCAUUCGUCUACUUCCUGGAUAGCAAUAGCCUGCUUGGAAAGAACACUUAUUUUAAUAUGGCAACUUAUCAAGCAGACCCACUUAAGACUUGUCCAUACAAUCCCUCUCACCAAGUUCGGCAUGACAAAUUCCAGCUGCAUAUUCAGAAGUGUAGAAAGCAGCAUCCAAAUGCACCACACAAAAAGUGUGUGUUCAACAGUACACACAUCAUCCCAGAGGUUGAGAUGGACUAUCACUUGGCACAUUGUAGUGACAGGAUCAACUAUGACAGACAGGUGUUUCAAGUGAAGCAUAGAACAGAUUAUGGAAACCAAGAAGCUGAGGAACAAGAAGAUGAAAUGCAAAGUGGAUUUAGGGAGUCUUCAAGGAACCAUGUGAAACAUGAAACUGGUGAGGAUUGGGAGUCUGACCUACAACCUGUCACAUAUGAUCCAUCAAAAAAGAUACGUUCUACUCCCAUCCUUGUGAAGCAUCAAGGUGGCACCAAGGCUGUGAAUGCUCAGAUGCGCCGGGAUAACCGUGAGCAGUAUCAGAUGCUUCUAAAUAGCGUGAGUGGGGAAAGGAGCAUCAAUUCAUCCCUUCCUGUUGGGAUGCCAACUGUGUCUACUUCAAGGAACACUACUAGGAUUUCCCCUACAUCUCAUGGCUUCUCUGCUGCUACUGGUGCUGCUGCUGGUCCCCCUGCAAUGCCUCGUGAGCCCAGGGUGCAGUACCAUUCCACUGAUGGUGCAGAUGAUGAUGAUGUGCGCUUGCCCAAGUCUCGAGGUCGCAUUGCAGCCAACAUAUACAAGGCAGCAGAGGGAGCCCGUCUUACUGCCGACACUGAAUUUGAUGUCAACAGAAUUCUUUCACAGAACCUGGGGCGUGGAAUGGCAGCAAGGCCACUUGCAGCAGCUCGGGGACCUCCACCUGGCUUUGCUGCUCCAGCCCCCAUAAUUGCUCAACCAAGUCCAGCCAUACUAGGCCGUGGUCGUGGGAUGCCAACUGCAAGCUGUGAUCAGUCACAUAUGUCCACAUCUGCUGUAGGUGUAUCACGUCCUUCCACGUUGACUGGCGUUUCUGCAGCUGCUCCCUCUCCUGACCCUGUUGACAUCUCUGGUGCUGAAGAACAUCCAGAACGCCAGGUCAUCCUUCUUCGCCGUGAAAUCCGAAACCUGACCAAGAAGUUGAGUGAAAUUGCAUCUCUGGUGAAGAGGCAGGAAGAUGGCAUGGAUCUCCAGGAUGAAGAAGUGAUGAAAAUUGGACGUGAGCGGGAAUUGCAACGGAAGCUUAGGAAGGCUAAGGAAGAACUUGAGGCCAAAGGGGGGGAGGUGGAAUCUUCCCCUUUGGGGCAACAAAACUUGGAUGAU